AACAAUCGCAAGGGACUUUUUUGAAAACUAUUGGAAUUUUUUGGCCAUUUGCACUUUUAUUAUUAAUUAAAAAUUAUCAAUAAAAAGAUAUCGUAACGUAUACACAACGCGCUUUCAUUGGAAAACUGUGAUACGUAGUGAAUAACGCGUAAUAAAAGCACGAGAAGCUUCGCUGAAAUUGGAGCAGUGAUUAACACGGAUAAUUUGCUGGCAGUGGUAGCGGUAGGCGCACUAACUGCGAAGCAUUGACAACAACACAACAAACCAUCUCAGACCUAUUGGAGCACCAAACACUUGGCGCAACACUUUCGAGCCCAUCGAAUUGUCAACGGACAUCUUGUAACUUCCAAUAACACUGUAUACUCAAGUUAUGGACAAAAUGCCAGCCAAACAGUACGAAUCAAAACCAUGGCCAGAUCUGGCUGACAGCGAUGACAGUGACAUGGAAAAUGAAAUAGAUGUAGAUAAACUGCCACCCUUAGAAGUUGGGCCGAAUGAGAACCGGCUGCAGCAUACAUACUGCCUUUGGUUCUCACGUAAGGGGACACAUCGUGCCACGGAUUAUAGUAAAUCCCUACAUGUUGUAGGACGCUGUGCCAGUGUACAACAAUGGUGGUCUUUGUAUUCGCAUCUUAUACGGCCAACAGCUUUGAAACCCUAUCGGGAAUUAAGCCUAUUUAAACAGGGCAUAAAACCGAUGUGGGAGGAUCCAGCAAACACAAAAGGUGGCCAGUGGGUAAUACGUUUACGGAAGAAUAAAAUUGAUCGUGCGUGGGAAAAUGUUUGUAUGGCAAUGUUGGGUGAACAGUUUCUCGUCGGUGAUGAGAUAUGUGGGAUAGUACUGACAACAAAGUAUCCGGAGGAUAGCUUAUCAAUUUGGAAUCGCACUGCCACUGAUCACACGAGCACGACACGUAUCCGUGACACGCUACGUAGGAUAUUAAACAUACCUCUAACAACGGCAAUGGAGUAUAAGAUACACUGUGAUAGCCUUAAAUAUGUAGCAAUUAAUAAAGGGCCUCUGAAGAGCUGAAAUUCAGUAAACACGUUCAACGCAACAAAAAUAAAAACAAUUGUAGAUGACACAGUGCGCCAUGUAAACAGCAAUGGUAACAUUAAUAACAGCAACAACAACAAUGGGCAGAGCAACGGCGAUAACAGAAGCGGCAACAGUAUGGAUACCAAGAGCAAUAUCUAUCAUAACAACAAUAACUAUAACAAUAACAACUAUUUAUACGAUAUUAAUAAUGCUAAAAUUACAAACGCCUAGAAUAUAACGAAAUUAAGCACCACCAGAGCAAUAGCUGCAGCCCGAAACAGACAUGCUUAUAUAACGUUUUAUACAUUGGCAACAACGUAGAAAUUAUUUAUGUUUUUCGAAAAUAGCCACUUUAAGCAGGUUCUUAAAAAUAUGCGAAUGAGAAAUAGUGCUUUAACACAACAAUUGAAGAAUUGCCGGCGUUUCUACUUUUAUUUAUAUUUAGUAAUAAAAACGCUGCAACCUCAAUUUUAACAACAACCACAAGCCAGAAAAAACAUAAAUAUCAACAAAUCAUUCAAUGCUCGCACACACAAAAUUGUUAUUGCCACACAAUGUUGCAUUAGUAUUAUGAUUUCUUUAUUACUUGAGCGCUUACCGUCAUCAGGGCGAUUUAUAAAAUCGCUGCAAUUGUUUUUAUUUAAUAACCGACUUUCACUUUAUUCACGCUGAAUUUCCUUUUUUUAUUUUUUGAAAAUCCAAAAAGUUUGUACCAACAACAAAAACAACCUUUGUGUGUGUUUAAUGAUGAACGCGAACACUGUAAGUGUGUUAUUCAAAUUCCAACCCAAUAAUAGUAUGGCGUUAACUAUCUAACGGUAGUUAUACUAAACUAAAACAUAUAGAAAAAUACAUACCAGUAAACAUACUCAAACAACAUUAAACAAAUACAACAAAUAUUGUAUGUAAUUUAUUGAGAAUAUUUCCCCACACACCCGAAAAAAUAUUAAAUAAAGAACGAAGGAAAAGAGUUGUAUAAGAAUUUAAUAAAAAGUUAUUAAAGUUGCAAAAAAUAAAAGCAGUUAAAACAAA